AUGUGUGCAGGGGGCUGCUCUCGCCAUUGCUCACCUCCAACCACACCACGGCAACUGUCCGAUGUUUUUAAUGCCGAGUCUUGUCUCCACGUAUAUCAGCUAAAGAUCCCCGUCCGUCCGUUGCUCCGUUCCACGACCACAUCGAUACGCCAGCGGUCGCAGAACGGACUACGCUCAUCGUCGUUGACCGCGUUGAUUACCUAG